GAUUUCAGAUGUAUUUCAUUGGAGUUUUAUGCUUGCUGUUGGCAGUGGAAGCAUUGCCGACACCCGAGCAGCUACAUACUAACGUACCAGCUGUUCCAUCAUCAUCAGAGCUCAAACCAGAUGAGAAAGAUAAAAUUGAAGAACCUUUAGUUGAUCCAGUACCACCCGUAGUUGAAGAACCUAGUUACUUGGAUCAAGAAAACAAGGAAAAGUUUGAGGAGCCUAAAAAGGAACCGGAGGCUGAGGAGAAACCUAAAGAAGAAGAAGAAAAGGAAAAAGAGAAAGUGGAAAACAAAGAAGUAGAAAAGGAAAAAGAAGAAGAGAAAGAGGUAAAAGACAAAUUUGAAGACGUUGUUGUAGUAGAAGAGUCUAAUGAUGCCAAGGAUAAACCAAAAGAAGAGGAACCUAAGGAAGAAAAGAAAGAUGACGAAGCAAAGGACGAUGAAGAGGAAGGCCCUAUUAUAGUGCAAAUAUUAAAACCAAAACCAUUUUUGGCUGAUCUUUUUUCGCAAUUCUUUCCUGGUUUCCAGUGGCCGCACUUUUCGUUGCCCGAUUUUCUCCGUCCAAAGAGCGCUGAUCCGUUAGAAUUGGACGAGCCUGUGUACAUUGUUAAGGAGUCUGAUUUUAGCUGGCCCUACAAAAAAUAAUUGAUGACACCUUGCCGGUG